AGGGAGAUUGGCAGCGUGACUUUCAGACUUUAGCGGUCAUCCAGGAGCCAAGACUGUAACCAGUUCCCUGAUGAACACAAGAACGCAUCUGGUCACUCGCAAUCUGCCUUUGGCCCAUUGCAAAUCUAAGUUUCUCAUUAUGGACUGGAAAAAAGUCUAAUUCAGAGGACAAAUGUGUCCUCCAAUGCCUUUCCAUUAGGGGCAGAGGAAGAUUAAAUGCAUAGAAAGGCUUGAUAACCAAAAGGAAAGGUGGAAGAUACAAAUGGGGAGACCGUGUGAAGUAAAAUAGAGAAAGCAAAGGCAACUACAAGAGAAAAGGAGAAAGAAAUCCUGGAAUUUGAAGGCCAGGGGAAUAGAGGGAGAGGGGUAUUGAUUUAUUGCUGAGAAAAGUCCUCUCUUUAGGAAUUCCGGACCACGAAGAUCCACAUGGCACUGAGCAUGGAUAGGAUACAGCAGAUGCACCUAGCAUGACGCUUCUGGACCAGGUGUUCAGCCUAAUGGCCGUCUGCGCCCGAGUGAUGAUGACCUCUAUCCUGGUUUACUUCAUCCAGGUCUGAGAGAACACAGGCCUAAGAGAUGAUUGUCAGGCUGCUGAAGGCUGCAGAUGUGACCAUUUUCCUGUCUGUGAUUAUUUCCUUCCCACAGCUUUCUGGAGCCAGAUGUGAGGAGAAUUGUGUCAACGCUGAACAGUGCUUGUCUACUGACUGGGUGCAUCUCUGGUACAUAUGGUUUCUGGUGGUAGUUGGUGCGUUGCUUCUCCUGUGUGGCCUGACUUCAGUAUGCUUCCGCUGCUGUCUAAGCCGUCCGGAAAAUGGGGAAGAUGGGGUUCCACCACCCUAUGAAGUGACCGUCAUUGCUUUUGACCAUGACAGCACUCUCCAGAGUACCAUCACAUCACUUCAGUCUGUGUUUGGCCCUGCAGCUCGGAGAAUACUGGCCGUGACUCAUGCACACAGCUCCUUGGGUCAGCUGCCUUCCUCCCUUGACACACUCCCAGGCUAUGAGGAAGCUCUUGGCAUGAGCCGCUUCACAGUGGCAAGGUGUGGGCCAAAAGCUCCUGACUUACCCUCGGUGCCAGAGGAAAAGCAGCCGCCUCCCGCAGGAAAGGACUCUCUUCAGCUGAAACCUUCAUCACACUGAUGGGCACCUUGAUGGUAUUCCUAAUAUCUAAGACAUCCUAGAGUUGAGAAAGAUCCCAUCCCCAGAUAUAUAGAAUGCCUUCUCUUGUACCACCCAGAAAGAUUCAGGAUACCAUCUAGACAUUGUUCUGUCCACAAAUAGGUUCCCACUCUUUAUUUACAACAGUAUGUUUUUUGAGACACAAUUUUCUAAUUUUAAUUCUAACUCCUUAUCCAAUGGUCAAAGUUUGCAAUUUACCUCUAGUUAUGUAGAUUACUACCAAAACAGGGGAACAUUAAGGUGUCUUGAAAUCCUUCAACUAUGGCAUUCAUGUACAGUUCCUUUAACCAAAUGAUACUGAAAAUUGCUCUUCUCUCUGCUUGACUGCAGUAACGUUGAAGGGAAACACAAUGCAGGCACAGUCAUUGAUAUCAGUACACCAAACACAUGCAUCUUUCCUUCUAGGGAAUGACCACCAUUAUACUGAACAACAAUGGUCACCUGGACUUUGUAGAUUGCAGGGAUGGGAGUGCUAAUAAGAGGAGAGACUAUAGUAUAGCUUGUGCCACAUGUCAAAACCUUUCUAUCACUUUGGUCCUGUACACAAGUGUGACAUAUGGUGUAGAGAACAGAAAUGGUCCUAGAAACUCUUCAGAGUCUUGUCCUGCAAACAUAUGCACACAUUCACACACACACACACACACACACACACACACACACACACAGAGGGGGGGGGCUUGUACUUCCUUUUAGAUUCAAAAAAAAAAGGCAUUGCUUUGCUUCUUUACUUCCUGUUUUAGGAUUUAAGUCUAGAGUGACUCCUACUGGGCCUUACUGCCAUCUAGUGGAGCUAUAGCUGAGAAUGCAUUUCCUCCAUUGAGUUCCUCUCCACCUCUCCAGUGUUCAAAGUACUUAAAUGCCACCCUAAGCCUGGAAUCUUCCAUGGUACCACCCUGAUGAGUGAGUAGUGCCAAUCUAUGUUGGCCACAUACUUCCUUCUAAAAUACUGUCAUCACAGUCAAAAAAGUGAGAUGUACCCUGGCAAAAACUACCUAGGAAAGUUACUGAAAUCUUGGAAGAGGGAUUUUCUCAUCUAUAAAUUAGACAUCAUUGUGCACAACCAAGAACACAAAUACCCAAAGCAUGAUUUGUAACGUAUGUGCGCGUUAGUUACUUCUUACUGUUCUCCCUGUUGUCCUUUGCACUUCAGCAGCCUGCGUUGACUCCACUGAGCAUUGUGUUCUGGUUUGUCCUUUUGCCUGUCUGCUAUGUUAUUGUAAAGCCAUACCUAAAGUGAUUUUAUUUUAUCAAUAAACAUGUCUUGAUUGAGAUAAAC